GUGUUGGUCUGGGUAGGUAAUGUUGCUAUUGUUCUUAAGGCGUUGGGAAUCUGUUCCGUACUGACUGAUGGUUGUGAAGUAGAAGUGACGGUGAGCAGAUGUUCCAAAAAAUAUUUUGGAGAAGUAAAUGAACAGGCAGUCUACAUUUGUAAGUGUACAACUGAAGUUAUAUAUAUAUUCGAAGGGACAUCACUUGAAUCAUCAAAAAUCUGAAGAGCCGACACUGCGAGGAUGCUUCAAGAAGUUCUAAGUAAUCACAAACCUGCGACAUGGGACGAGGGGCCUUACAACAAUAAGCUGUACAGAAAAAUCCAAGUAUUUGGCAAUGAACAUAGUAGAGUGAUACAAGAUUUUCAAACUGAACUGAAAACACGAGUUGAAACUGUUUACCGCAUACAAAACCCAUAUAUAUAUGGACGGUAUAAACUGAAAGUUGAGCAGCUUCAGCUCCGGAAUACAGUUUAUGAGGAAACUUGGUAUCAUCCUAUAGCAGAAGAUGACAUGAAAGUGGUCAUGGAGUAUAACUGUGACUAUCGAAGAUAUACACAUCCUACCUGGGCACAAAGUGAAGGGAAAAGACCAAAGUUCUACAAGAGUGCAGAAAGUGCAGAACGAAAUUUCUCUACCAGUAUUAGAAAGGCUCUCGUAGUGGUGAAAGUUGCUAACACCCAUAUCUCCACGUUCACGACAUGCUGCAAAGACUGGGACACAGAAUAUUACCCAGAUUAUAUAGUUGUACUUCGUGAGUGAUGUGCAAACUUAUGGGGCUGCACUUCCUCUACUGCAGCAGUUUUCAAACAGUGGUGCAUACACUUACAUGGCUCCACAUCUUCUGUUUCAGUGGUUCUCAAGCCAGAAUUGGUUUCAAAUGGAAUGCACAUGGUAUGUUCGAACAGCUUCAACAUAAACCAACAUUACUAAAACUCAAGAAUGAGUAGCAGGAGCAUAACAAAGGUUUAAAAUUAUUUAGAGCUUUCUUAUUACCUCCCUUUCUGACGAUAAUUUGAUGCUGUCUGUAGUACUUUAUACCAAAGUCCAGUAAGAUGAAACCAUGAAUUUUAAAUAUGUAUUGAUAACUAAUAUAUGAUUCAUAUGCACAUAUGUUCUCAUACAUAGUGCCUGAGCAUUGGGAUGAGUGUACCUUAUGCAGCCAUAAAUUAUUUUCGGAUUUUCUUUGCUAUAACGCCACGUAGUCUCUUGAUAUAAUGAUCAGCUUUGAUGUGUGGCCACUCAUCACCAGGGUGCCGAUUAUGGGGACCAUGAAUCUGCUAAGUCAAUAUUUUGAGGAGGAUAUCCUGAGGCAUUUCACCACGUCCUGAAGGCCUCACACCUCAGUUUCGCUAGCCAGGCCUACAGACAAACUGGCGGCAUGUCUAUGAGUUUGCCACUGUCUCUGGUCAUCGCCAUAUUCUUCGUGAAGGUUUUCGAGGAGAUGGCACUUGACUGGGCUGCCCAUAGGCCCCCGCUGCUGGUUCAGUAAUGUGGACACUUUUCAUCAUCACCCCGCAUGGACCUGACAGGUUGAAUGGUUUGCUUGACCAUCUGAACAGUGUCCACCACAACAUUCAGUUCACCAUGGAGUUUGGAAAGAGACAGCCACCUCUCUCCCUUGAUGUAAAUAUUUAUAGGAGACCAGAUGACUCUCGGGCCAUAAAGUGUACUGUAAACCUACUUAAAUUCUAGCUCUCAUCACCACCCAUCCAACAAGCAUGCCAUGCUUUCCACAUGGUACACAGCAAGAGCUCUGUGUGGUCAAGACAGCCUUCAUGUGGAAUUACUGUUCCUGGGAGACAUUUUUAGGCACACCGGCUACACCAACUAGCAGAUUGCAGGGCCCUCCCCUACCCCUGAGGGUUGCUUAGCCUGAUGAAAAGCCAGAGUUGGGUCGAUAUUCAACUGCAUCAGCAGGGUGCUGUCUUGGCACUUCAAGAAGUCUGUAUAUCUAGUCUUCUUUGGUCAGUCAAGGACGACCUGGGACUGCAGAUGCCUGGAGUAUACAGCAUCCUUUGUGAGUGUGGUCAGGUCCACAUUGGGGAGACGGGCUGUUAAGUUGACACCAGGUUGAGGAAGUGCCAGUGACAUCCAU